CAUAAACAUAAAACCCUUUUGCUUUGCUUGCUUCAUCUCAAGAGAACCUCAAAGAGAGAAGAACUAAAUAAGAAAACAAAACUAGAGUGGAUCAUCAAUGGAUGGUUUAAUACCAAUGGCCUAUAAGGCUAUGAAGAAGAACCUAACUCGUCGUCGUUACGAACGUCUCUCCUCUUCAACCAAGACUCGUGAGUCUUACGAAUUCGUCUCUGAUAUGGAAAUGAACGUCGACGGUCACCACCGCCGUCGCUGGUCCAUGGGAGAUUUCUCGUCGUUGUCAAGCUGGGAAACAAAAAGAAACGGUGGCGUAGCUCCGGAGAAAGGUUUUACACCGCCGCGGGAAGGUCAGCUUGUGAGGUUCAAGAGCCAUAGAUUGUUUUCUUGCAUCUCAGGUCAAUAACUUUAUCAACUCAAGAAAAUUGUCAUAAUACAGAAAAACAACAAAAAAACAAAAAUAAAUAGGAAAUUUGCAUUUUCUUUCGUCUUGUGUUUGAUUUUUGAUACAAGGAAUCAUGUAGAUAUCGUUAUUUUUGUGAUCUUUUGAUGUAUACGUUAAGUUUGUAAUCUGGGGAUUGUUGUGCCUAUGUAUAUUUGUAAAGUCAUAAACGAGAAAAUGAAAACUUUGUA